AUGGCGAACGAGAAGAACGAUGCGCCAGUCACCCCCCUUGAGGUGGGGAGGACCCAAGGCGUCUUGACUGACGAGAAAGUCGCUCCUAACGCCCACGCACACGAGCUUCAUCGUUUCGACUCAGAGGAACAGGUCUUCGAAUCGCAUCUCAACGUUACCGAGGAUGAUCUUAUUGAGGCCAAAGCCAUCGCCGCUACCCUCUCGGUGGAGGGAGUGCGCAAGAUGAUGGAGAACGUUCUCAGAAUCCACGACCGCGACCCCAACUUUCCUCACAGUGUUCUCAUGAAGGUUCACGAGUUCCUUGGUGAGUAG